GUCGGCUUACAUAUCCCUAAUACCGGCACAAGAUAGGCAUUUUUCACUCGUAGUCACCCGAAAAAAAGGAAAAUGUGGAAAUAUCUUGCAUUAAUUUGUCUAUUAUUUCAUAAUGGUGGUGCCGUACUUCAAUCUAAUGCUGAUACUCUAGUUUUACUGGAUAAUUUGGCAAUACGCGAAACGCAUUCUAUGUUCUUUAAAUCCCUUCAAGAUCGAGGAUUUAAAUUGACCUACAAAUUGGCUGAUGAUUCUGGUCUACUAUUGUCUCGUUAUGGCGAAUAUUUGUAUAAAAAUUUAAUUAUUUUCGCACCUAGCGUUGAAGAGUUUGGUGGCGAAAUAAGCGUGGAAAAAUUAGCCCAGUUUGUCGAUGAUGGUGGUAAUGUUCUGGUCGCCGGCAGUGAACAGUCUGGCGAUGCUUUGCGAGAAUUCGCAUCGGAGUGUGGUUUCGAAAUUGAUGAGGAAGGUGCAUCGGUUAUGGAUCAUUUGCAUUAUGAUGUGUCCGACAAGGGUGACCACACAACCAUACUUACUGCAUCGAAGAAUUUAAUCAAUUCUCGUACUAUUGUUGGUAAUAGCCGGGAUGAUAUCAAAAAACCAUUAGUGUACAAGGGCACAGGUCUGUUGGCAGACAAGGAGAACUCAUUGGUUUUACAGCUAUUGACAGCCGAAAGUACCGCAUACAGUUACAAUCCUGACCAAGCUAUUAAGGAUUAUCCACAUGCUGUUGGGCGCAAUACAUUGCUAAUUGCUGCAUUACAGGCUAGAAACAAUGCUCGUGUUGUUUUCUCCGGUUCUUUGUACUUCUUUUCCGAUGAAGCUUUUACCAAUUCCGUAACCUAUGCCCAAACCGGAGAAAGCUUUAAACAAUCCGGAAAUCGUGAUGUUGCCAACUCGAUUAGCAAAUGGGUAUUCGGAGAAACAGGCGCGCUACGUGUUGCUGGCGUGAAACAUCAUCUGGAAGGCGAGACACAACCUCCAGCUGAGGCAUACACCAUUACCGAUCCCGUUGUUUAUUCCAUAACAAUUGAAGAAUUGGUUGAAGAUAAAUGGCAGCCUUUUAAUGCCAAUGAUGUACAAUUAGAAUUUGUUCGCAUUGAUCCAUUUGUACGCACCACUUUGAAGCAUGUUGGCGGUGGCAAAUAUCAAGCUAAAUUUAAAAUACCCGACGUCUAUGGUGUGUACCAAUUCAAGGUGAACUACGAUCGCAUUGGUUACACUCAGCUGUACGAUACGACACAAGUAUCGGUGCGGCCAUUGGAACAUACUCAAUAUGAACGGUUUAUUCCAAGUGCAUUCCCCUAUUAUUGCAGUGCCUUCUCAAUGAUGGUUGGAGUAUUUUUAUUCUCGUUUGUAUUCUUGCACUUCAAAGAUGAAAGUGCACCAGCAACAGCUGCCUCAGCCAAGAAGGGUGAAAGCAAGAAGAGCCAAUAAAAACAUGAGAUGCAUUUUUCUACGUAAUUGUAUAUCGAGUAAUUAAAAGCAUUUGGCUGAUGAAUGUACAAUUUCAUUUUGAGAAAUAAAUUUUGAAAUCCAAAUAAAUAUUUUGUCAAAAAAAAAAGUUA